UGUGUGUCAGGCGGUGGUGUGUUUGGGGGCGGAUCCCUUCUCCAUCAAAUACAUUCCCAUGUGGUUUGGAGUAUUUGGCGGCUGCGCAGACUCGGCCUCUGUGGCAGUGGCGGUGACAGUGACGGAGUGGGAGUUUGUGUGUUAUUCUCUUGUGUUAAAGCGCCAUCUGAGCGGCGGCGGGAAAAGGACAAACCGACACAGAGGAGAUCUGUGCGGCUCAGUGCACUAUGGCGGCUGUGAGCGAUUCACACUUUAGGGUUAAAGUAGAAGAUGAUACAGAAGCUGUAAUAUUCGAUGGAGCUGAAAUGGUUGAUAUUCAGAAUGGUUCACCUUCCUUAGCUCCUGAAGAUCAAUCACAAGUGAAUUACCCAAAAGAUAUCUAGCUGCAGUUGCUUAUGUAAAGAAACCAGAAGAAGAAGAUGCAUCGAAUGUCUCUAACAUUAAUACCGUGGAGUCUUCAGGAAACCUGCAACAAGAGUGCCUUUCUAUCAGAAGCAAUGUUUUACCUGCUAGCACAACACAAGAGGACAGAUGGAGUGGAGGCCAGUACUGUUAUAGUUACAGGCCAAAAAGACGAAAAAUAUCAACACUUAUCCAUAAUGUGCCUGAAGAGAACACCAGGGACUCUGGAGAUUACACACAAUAUGAAGAAAAUGGAGACCAUGUUUAUGAUUACAAUCCUGACUAUGAGUGUGCCAGUGAAGCGUCCGAAGGGUCUUAUGUUGCAGAUCAACAGAGGACUCUGGUGGAGGUUCUUAAUUACUGCCAGGGUCACAGAGAUGCAGCAAGGAAGGGGGAAACCCAUGUUUUUUGAACCGAGAGUUAUGACGGUGUCCUAUGGAAAUACCCACCAGAUGCCGCUGAACCAAAUGAGGAAUCAAAAGCCAGUGGAAAGAGAAGUGAGGAUCCGAAUGCCGCCACCUGAUCUGGGGUCACGUUCUUCCCCAGUCCGGAUACGAGUGCAGAAGGAACCGAUGAAAGUCACCAUUCCAGCCAAGGGUGUCCACUCCACUUCUCAGGCGCAGAGCCUGUAUACCUGCCGAGCAAGAAGAAGCCCACCUCUGCCCACUAUUCACUCUGUCCAAUCUUUAAAAGAACCGACAAUGCAGUAUUCUCCCGCUACUGGGAUGCCUGACUUUACCCAAGGCAACACUAUUCUAGUGCAAGACAGCAGGGUGCAUGUUUCCUCUGGUACCAAUGAUAUUGUCAGUUCCACUGCAAGGCACUACCCAGAUGGAAGCUUUCUGCAGGAAACAUUGGAUAACAUCAACACUCUGAAUGAUCCCAGGAGGCAAAAUAGCUUUUCUAAGGCUGAAGAACUUCCUUCAUCGUCGAGUGCAGCCAGUAUGAGUUUUGAAUAUUUGGGUGACCUCAGCCGCAAUGUAAGGGUGCCAGCAGCCUUCCUAAUGAAGGCCCGACAGAAAACAAAGCCAAAGUACGUAGCGCGUUACCUCAUUCGCACGAUGUUUCCAAAGGAGACGCUGAUGUACAGUAAUAUGCAAGGUGACAGAGCGAGGGCAAUAAAACCAUUGGAUUCUAACAAGAUCGCCGCAUUAAGAGAGUUUCUUUGUAUGCUUUUUCCAACCUAUGAUUUGAGUGAACAAGGCAAAGACUGGAAGAUUUGUGUCUCCAAUGUAAAUUCCAUGAUACGUAGCCUGCGCUGUGAAAUCCGAAGAGGAGCAGUAAGUAGUGUCAACAAAGAAUAGUUUGAGUGCAUUAGUGGCAACUACACAUCAGAUUGGUUUGGGUGUAUGUUGGAGAACAGAUAAAUGUAUCCCGAAAUGUUUUUUUCGUCUUAAUCGACCAAUCCAUUUCUGUUUGCUGUACAUCAGUGGUGACUAACCUCUCUUGUUGGCCAACAAAAUCAAUG